AUGAUGACCGUGGUUGUGACCAUGUCAAUACCAUCAAAAUAUUUUAUUCAUAAACGUGAUAUAUCUGAACAACUUGAAGUUGAUUGUAUACCAGUAUAUUAUGAUACAUUAAAAUGGGUAAUUCAGACAAAUGAAGAUGACGACAGUGUAUUAUACGGAAAAUUAUUGAUGGAUAGUGAUUAUUCUGGGAAACAAGUGUAUGUCAUAUGUUCAAAAUAUCAGUCUGAUGAUAGUAAUGACGGCAAGCCAGAAGAUAAUACAAAUAGAAAAAAACGAUCUAUAGUUCGUCGAUCGGCGCGCAAUGCUAACAUUUUAUAUCGGUAUUGUCGAUUAUCUGGUCAUAUGAAACAGUUUUGUUUAAAUUAUUCGGUGCGAAUGCUAUUUACCACAGGUCAUUAG